CCUGAUCUGCCCCCGGCCUAUUGCUGGAUGUCGUCCAACAGCCCCGCGCCGCUGUACUCGGAGUCACCAACCGCGACCGAGCGCGUGCUCCAAACCGGCCACUGCUCUUGCAUCACCCCCGGUUCCUCUGCGGCGGACGCGCAGAAGUUCGUGUACAAGUCCGAUCACCUUGAGGUUCAACUGCAUCCCCCGCGCUGGGGUUCUCCGCUUCCUGCGUACGGCCUCGGCGGCACAGUCGACGGCGUUCUGACUUUCCGUAAGCCGUGCAACCACGUACAGGAGGUGUCUGUAUCGCUGUACGGCACUCUGACGACGUCCGCUAGCCAGCACGCGAGCAUAGCCGUUCCCGGCGUACAGAAGAUCGUUGUGCUACGCCAGAAAGUGGUGUUAUACUCCGCACCAGCGGGGAGUACCAACGCAGUGAGCGGAGAAUUCCCAUUCGCGCCCCAGUUCCCACCCUUUAUCGAGGAUGGCUCGGACCCCCUCCCGCCGUCAUAUACGGUGUUCCAACCAGGCGUGACGACCGAAAUCUCGUACCAGGUGCGCGUGGACAUUGUCCGUAAGGGCCUGCGGCGGCACGAGAAGUUGACGGUCCCCAUCCUCUACCUCCCGAAGUCGCGGCCGAUCGUGCCCUCGCUCGAGUACAUUCCGUGGUCGGUGCGCGUGGACAGCUCGGCGGACGGACGUGUGUGCGAGAUUCCCCUCGAGCCGACAUGGCCGAAGGGCUGCGACGCAAGCCCACAUCAGGCUGAUGAUCUGCCCGUCAUUUCGCUCACGAUGCCGACAUCAAAAUGCUUCGCGUCUGGGGACACCAUCCCGCUCUCGCUCAAAAUCUCGUGCCCGCGCUCGCCCGCACUCGCACAGCUCCUGUCGCACAACGCGCACUUGUGCCUCAUCAAGCGACAGAAGGCCUGGGUCUCGCUCGGCCGGCAGGUCAGCGUGCGCGAGCUGUUGCUUUCCCGCGCGGAGGUAUAUCUCGCAGACGACUCGCAGGAGGGCACCGCGUACCUGCGCAUGGAACUGCAGGCGGGCGAGGCUGGACGGGAGUGCUCGUGGCGCGUCGAGGGGACCGUCGCGGUCGAGCACGUCAUCCGUUUGGUGAUUUUCCCGCCGGAGCACGUCAAGAACUUCCCCGCGUAUCGUUGUGAGGUGCCGGUGACGCUCACGACGGACCAGUACGGGACGCAGCAGAGCGAGCUGCUCGCGAUGAGCGGCGUGCCCUUCCCGGCGCUGGGACUCAGCGACCCUAGCCGGCACUUGCGCACGGCGCAGCCGCUUUGACGACAUCGACAUCCUCUCCAUCCUUCUCUCUCACUCUCACGCUCGGUUUCACUCCACUGCUCGCCACCGCUCAGCUCUCCACCUCUCGCGACAUCUUUUCUCAUCAUUUCCCCCAAUUUAUUCAAUUAUGAUUCGUAUUUUGGUCCGUGGAGGCCUGUAGUGGUUGCACUGUAAAUUAUUCUGGUUCCUGUUACGCCAUUUUACGACCCCCCCUCUCUCUCUGUCUCUCUAUUACGCUCUCCGCAUCUCCUGACAUGACUCCUGCUUUCCGAGUAGCUGUACGCUUUCUUCUAGACACGUCGUAGAGCUGUAUAAUUACUCGGGCCCCCAUGAC